AUCACAAAUCCCCAUCCUGUCUUAUGUGAGAAAAGUGCUUUUGCGAUUGCAAGAAUUGAUUUUCAAUUGUUCACUUGUUUCAGAGGGGCGUGUAGUUCGUGUCGCUGGUAGUUGUGCUGUAGUGUAGUGUGCUGUGAGCUGACUGGUGAAUGAAGGCAGUACAGUCAGUCCACGCGCACUGUGUGAUGCCCUUUUGUGGGAAAGUCCUACAAAGAGCACACAGACACACUAACAUCAGUACAGAUGGACUCAAAGAAGUAAACUGCGUGUAAAUGACUAGUUAUACAAACGGGAUAACGCGAACAAGAUUUGAGGGUGUUAGGAAAGUCGUUUUGCUUUUCAUGCAGUGGAGAGGGUUCAUUUAAGCGACUGGAUUCACUGGCUAUUGUUGUGAAGAGAGAUAGACGCGCGGACGCGCAGAGGAGUUUGGGAAAACAGUGGUUUACUCCUCUGUCUUUCUUUUUUGUUGUCUUCAGUUAUAUUUGCUGUCACGCGCGCGAGUCCGGCUGAACUGUUGUUUCCGGACACAUGGAACUGGUCUGAGACGUGAAAACUGAUUUUCUCGGAUAAGCCGUGGACUGAAUUUGGAUGCGUUUGCAAGUCUGUAUCGAAUGAUUUAUAUACUAGGUUACUUCUUUCCAAAAUGUUUCUCAGCCCUCAAGACAGAUUGACGGUUUGAAGAGCAGUGGGAGUCUGAACUUUAAAUCGGGAGCCGAUAUCCCUCUUGUCUUGAAUGAUGCCCAUAGAGAGACUCGCAGACAUGGAGGAGAAACUUCGUAUUUUGGAGGAUCUCAAUAUGAUAUACAUUCGUCAGAUUGCCCUGAGUCUAAAGGACAGCGACAUCCAGAAGAAGAUUGACUAUGAGAUCCGGAUGCGUGAGGGUGCUUGUAAACUGCUGGCCGCAUGUUCUCAGAGGGACCAGGCGCUGGAGGCCUCCAAGAGUCUCCUCACUUGCAACGCCCGCAUCAUGGCCUACAUGUCAGAGCUGCAGCGCAUGAAGGAGGCACAAGUCAUGCAACGGGUCGCACGCAGGUCUUCUGAUGCAGGUCCAAUGGAUGACCGAUCCCCAUGUAAAGGCAAAGUAGCCAUUUCAGAUCUACGGAUACCUCUGAUGUGGAAAGACACAGAUUAUUUUAAAAAUAAAGGAGAGCUGCAUCGGUGCGCUGUGUUCUGUCUGCUUCAGCUGGGUGGAGAGAUCUUUGACACAGACAUGGUGAUGGUGGACAGGACGCUGACAGAUAUCUGCUUUGACAACACAAUAGUCUUUAAUGAGGCCGGUCCAGGGUUCGAGCUGCGGGUGGAGCUGUACAGCUGUUGUUCAGAGGAGGACUACUCAGCAGGCAGCACACCGCGGAAGCUGGCCAGCAAGCUGAGCUCAUCUCUGGGAAGGUCAGCAGGAAAGAAAAUGAGGGCGGCCUUGGAGCCCGGAGCCUGCAGCGCCACUAGCAAUGGAGGAGGAGCGACAAUCCUGCUGCCUGUGCCCUCUGUACAGGGCCCCAAAUAUCAUCUUUUGGCUCACACAACCCUCAGUCUCUCUCACGUCCAGGAUAGCUUCCGCACACAUGACCUCACCAUCACGGGAAAUGAGGAGUGUUCUUACUGGCUGCCUCUGUAUGGCGGGGUAUGUUGUCGUCUGGCCGCUCAGCCUCACUGUAUGACACAACAGAUGAUGAGUGGCUGUCUGAGGGUAAAGCUUGGAGGUGAGCCACAAGGAUGGACAAAUGUCUACGGUGUUUUAAAAGGAACAAAUCUCUUCUGUUAUCAUCAAAAAGAGGACAUGGAGGCCAAAGUGGAGCCUGUCUUGACUAUUGGGAUUAACAAAGAGACAAGAAUACGGGCCGCAGAGAAGGAUCCUCACAGCAAGGCACAGAAUAUCUGUAUCACUAACCAGUAUGGAGGAGAGGAGGUGACGCACACACUCGCUGCAGACAGCAGAGAAGACACACAGCGCUGGAUGGAGGCCUUCUGGCAGCAGUUUUUUGAUAUGAGCCAGUGGAGGCAGUGCUGUGAUGACCUGAUGAAGAUUGAGCUGCCUUCCCCACGCAAGCCUGCCAUAGUCACACCCAAGCAGGGCUCCCUGUACCAUGAGAUGGUUAUUGACAAGUCUGAUGACAUCGGAACGGUCACUGACAUCCUGGCCCGUCGUAUUGAAGAGUUUGAGCUAAGGGCCCAGCUCGGAUCUCCGCCUCACUGGAUGGCCUUGUUUGAUGAAGAUCCCCCUCACACCCCUCAGCACCUGCCGCCCCACUCACCCAGUCCUCGCCUACACAGCCGCCAGCCCCGCAGCCCACGCUGCCAACGCACACCCGGCCUUCUCUCCUCCAAUGCCAGCCUGACCUCAGACAGCGACAGUCCCGCCAGCGUCAGCCCCUGUUUCCGCCAGGCAUGGUCCCCUGUCGCCUCUUCCUCCUCGGGUCGCUUCCGCCCCCGUACCCUCUCCCUGGACGCCAAGCUCUCCACUCUGCGAGGUCGGGGCUACAAUGGCUUCCGGUGCAACUGCCAGCCGCCCACGGCCAGCUCUGUGUCUCCUCGCCCCACUCAGACUGCUCUGUCCUGCUCCAGUUCAACUUCCAGCAGCAGCUCCAGCGAGGGAAGCAACAGUCAAGAGUCAGACCUGGGCUUCUCUAGACCGUCUGGUGCACGCCGCAGCUUGAGGAUCCUGAGAGCUAAGCUAGACCCCAGGAACUGGCUGCAGAGUCAGGUGUAG